AUGAGAGCGGCCGUGCUGAUCCAGCGCUGGUACCGGCAGCACGUGGCCCGCAUGGAGCUGAGGCGCAGAUGCACCUGGAACAUCUUCCAGUCCAUCGAAUACGCCGGGGAGCAGGACCAGAUCAAGCUGAAUAAUUUCUUUGGCUACCUGAUGGAGCACUUUACACCAGCAAACAGUGAGAGAAACUUGAUCUCCCACAUCUUCAGAGAGAAUGUGGUCUGUCGCGACAUCGAAUGGGAGAGGUGCUUCAACUACAUGAACAUCGAGCUUCCCGAGUUCUACACGGGCCCCCGCCUCACCUUCCCGCUCACGGCUACCCAUGCAGCCGACCUGGUGGAGGCCUUCAGAAACAAGCAACAGCUCCAUUCAAAAUAUGUCCUCCAGCUUCUCCUGGAGACUUGGAAACUGCUGAGGAUUCUACCGAACAUCAACCAUGUCUCCACCUGCCAAAGCAAGGAAAUCAUCAUCUGUGGAGACUUACAUGGACAACUGGAGGAUUUACUGUUAAUAUUUUACAAGAAUGGUUUGCCAUCUGUGGAGAAACCAUAUGUCUUCAAUGGGGACUUUGUGGAUCGAGGCAAGGACUCCAUUGAGAUUCUGCUCAUACUGUUUGCAUUCCUGCUGGUCUUUCCCAACGACAUUCACCUCAACCGAGGAAACCACGAGGACCACGUGAUGAAUCUGAGGUAUGGCUUUACCAAGGAAGUGUUAGUGAAAUAUCGGCUUCAUGGAAAAAGAAUCUUGAAGCUGCUCCACAAGAUCUUCAGUUGGUUACCCCUGGCAACUGUGAUCGACCAAAAGGUGUUGAUUGUCCAUGGUGGAAUCUCUGACACCACCGACCUCAGCGUCAUUGCCAAAUUGGAGAGACACAAAUACGUUUCAACACUCAGACCCCCCGAGAAGAAGCAGGAGUCCACGGAGGUGGACGGCAGGGACGGAGGUUUUGGACCCAAAGGGGCGGGGGGGGCAGGAGGAGGCGGCGGCAGGCGGGGCCGGUGCUCCCUGCCCGACAGUAACCCCCGGCGCACGCUGCAGGAGCUGUGCAGCCGCGCGCACCGCUCCGUGGACCAGGAGCUGAGGGAGCAGCGGCGGCAGGUCGGCCUCAGCCAAUCGCACGGCGACCUCCACGGCUGCCACGCCCCGGCCGCCGCCUCCCGCUCCGGCGAGGAGCAGGAGACCAACGACGAAGAGUGGAAACAGAUCGUGGACCUGCUCUGGAGCGACCCCAUGCCCCAAAAUGGCUGCAUUUCCAAUGAGGGGCGAGGCGGUGGGUGCUACUGGGGACCCGACGUGACAGAGCGGGUCCUGGAGAAACACAACAUCCAGCUGCUCAUCCGCUCCCAUGAAUGCAAGCAGGACGGCUAUGAGUUCUGCCACAACCGCCAGGUCCUGACGAUUUUUUCUGCUUCCAAUUACUAUGAAGUGGGAAGUAACCGGGGAGCAUAUAUCAGGCUCGGCCCAGAUCUGGUUCCACAUUUCAUUCAGUACCAGACCAACCGCUCGACCCGCAAACUCACCCUGAGGCAAAGUGUGGGACAGACUGAACGAUCCGCACUCCGGGCCCUGAGGGAGAAACUCUUCGCACACAAGUCAGACCUCAUCAGUGCCUUCCAGGAAUUCGACACGGAGAAAACAGGGUGGAUUUCCCUGAACAACUGGGCGACUGCGGUGGAGAACGUGCUGAGGCUGGGUCUGCCCUGGAGGGUUCUGCGCGCCGAGCUGGUGACCAGCGCUCAGGACGGCCAGCUCAACUACCACAGCUGGUUCAGUGAGCUGGCCAUAAGCGAGCCCAACACUGAGAUCCCACACCAGAACCUGUUAGACACCAUGUACAGGCACCACUCCAACCUGGAGACAAUCUUCAGGAUCAUCGACACAGACCACUCAGGCCUCAUCUCCCUGGAGGAAUUCCAUCAGACAUGGAAGCUUCUCAGCUCUCACUUGAACAUAGAGAUAAGCAACGAGGCCAUCGCUGACCUCGUAGCCAGCAUCGACUUCAACAAGGACGGUAGCAUCGAUAUCAAUGAAUUCAUGGAGGCCUUCCGACUGGUGGAUAGGUCCAGAGCAGAGAUGGAGGAAACGUGUUUGUGA